AUGCGGCAUUUCUCGCCACAAUCAUUACUGAGAGCGUUUGUUCGAGACGACGGCGGUGACACAGCUAGCGCCAUUACAGCUCUGGCGGCAUCGCGUCUACGCAUUGAGCUGGCCAUUUUAGCUGCCAAGUUGGCAACACGACAAGCGGACGUUGACGCCCUGUUCCGUGCCAAUGCCGAAUUGGCGCACACCAACGUUCGUUUGCAGAACGAGCUAGAGGAGACCGAAGAGAAAGUCAUGACUAGCGAUGAGAAUCGCAGAAUUGAAGAGCUGCAGGCCGAACUGUCCGUAUCGAGAUCUAAUGAGGAAUCGCUCCGACGACAACUAGACGAGGUUAGAACCAUCCUCAACGAGACAGAACAGAAAUUGGACGAGUUUGAAGCUGAGAAAGACAAGGCGAGUCGAUCGAACGAAGCUCAAAGCCGGCUACUCGAGGAGUCAGAGACUUUGACUUACCAUGGAACACGUUCGUCGGCGUCGACAAGCUUGGAAGAAUCAGCAAAAGAAUCUGUCGAAUUGCGAGAAGAGGUGGAACGUCUGCAGAAUGUAGAGAAACUGCUCAAUGAGCGGAUUAUGUGUCUAGAAGAUCAGCUGCUUGAAGUAGAAGAAAAGUUCCAGGAAGUCGAGGAGGAAUGCCUUAGUGAAAAGAAGAAAGUGGAGGCGUUGGAAGCCGAGAAAGUCUCUACCGCAAGAGAAGUGGAGCAGGCCAAUGUGUCUGUACAGAGUACCAGUGGCGAUGGUAGUCAGUGGGGACUCAGCGAUAGGGUGGAUUCCGCCAUGGAAAGUGACCUCCAGCAACAGUUGGAAGCGGCCAGAGAUGAAGUGCUAAUUCUUCAGAAAGAGCUGGACGAGGCACGUAGACAAUUAGCUGAAACGUCGGCUGGAGACGGUUGGGGCUUCGAAGGGUCGAGCAGUGGUGCACAGUCUGCUCAGGCCGAAAUCGAAUUGUCACGUGUGAAAGAAGAACUGGAAGAGGUCAGAAAGCAAUUGGCUCUGCAGAAGCAAGUCCAACGUGAACGCGAAUCUUCUGAAAUAGAACGCCAUAUUCGUGAGAAAGAACGAAUUGAAGGCGAGUUGAAAGCAGUAAGAAAAGAACUCGAGGAACUCCAGAAUGAAAGAGACGCGUUGUUUGCAGGCGGAGACCGGCCAGAUGAGGAAUGGGGUUGGGGUGGUGCGCAACCUCAAAACACAUCCGAGAUCUCUGCCCUGCGCCAAAAACUCCUGGAAAUGGAAAAGAUUGAGCGUGAGCAGCAGGAAACGAUACGAAAACAGGAAGCCAAAAUUAGUGCUCUGGAAGAGGAACUGAGCACUGCUGAUACAUGCCGUGAAGAGUUAGAGGACGCUUCACAACAGGUCAACGAGCUGCAAAAAGAAUUGAGAGAGAUGAAAAAGCAAGCCCAGCUACACACUGAAGAGCAGCAACGUUUGAAUGCUAGAAUUGCUGAGUUAGAAUCGAGAACUGAGAAUGCCUGGGGUGACGAGUGGGACACCACGACCAACAAGAGCGGUGAGGAUAAGCCGGCGUUGGAGCAAUCACGAUCUGAGGCUUAUCAAAGAAUUGCCGAGUUAGAACUGCAAGUCGAGCAGAAAGUUUGUGCUCUUGUGGACGCCGAGAAGGAAUUGACAGUGUUACGAGAACGUUUCGAGAAGAUCGCAACUGAGAAGUCUGACCUGCAGGUAAUUCUUCAAGACUCUUCAGGGAAUGACGUUGGGGCAGUGCACUCUGCGGCCGUAGUUGUGCUUUUUUAUGUGGUUGUAGUGCAGUGUCUCCUUCAAGUGACGUAA